AUGAAUGAACUGUUGAGCAACGCGAAGGGCAGGCUUGAGCCUACCCCGUACGAGCUGAACGGACGUGCCAAAUUCAAUGUCAUAGUGGUCCAUGGAAUUGGUACAGCCUGCAGCGCUGAAAGGUCGUCUUUCUUUGAGGCGCAAGAAUCAAGACCUGAUCGGUCUGAGUUCUAUGAGAUCCUGAACUCAUAUAUCCCUUGUGCACGAGUAGUGGAAUACAAUUAUUCCGUCAAUUCUAUCCAUCGAGGGAUCCCGCUUGCUGAUGUCCAAUACCUAGCAAGAUUUCUCCUCGAUGAAAUGUUGAAAGAGCAUCAGAAAUGGGAGCGUAAAGAAAUUGUAUUUGUUGGAGAAGACCUGGGCGGCAUUAUCAUAAAAGAGGCCCUGUCAAUGGCGUUGGAAAACGACAAAUAUUCUGAUAUUGCCGCUCAAACAGCAUCGCUUGUUUUCUUCCAGACACCCCAUCGGCUCACUGAUGAUGCUUCGUGGUACAGCUUGGCGAACUGGCUUUUCUUCGCGUCAGAGCUUAAUCACCUUUAUUCUCUAGAUUGGAUCCAGAUUGCAGCAAAAAUGAUUCAACAGGUUGCUGAAGACUUCGACCCUUUUCAAAAGCUUUAUUGCGUGUUGAACAUUUAUCCCAAGUUUAUCAGUCCGCAUGAUCGUCAACAACAGUGUAUUCUGAGCCAUAUAUCACUGCCUAAAAGUUGCAUGAUCUUCGACAUUACCAAUGAAACCAACCUUCCUCAAGACGUGCCGCAUAGCAGAAGUCUUAUAUUUACUUCAGGCAGCCCGAGUUUUGAGUCUUUCUGUGAUUGCAUCAAUGCUUCUUCUAGUCCGGGGAAACCUCUUAUCAACACUCUCCAGACAUUGCGUUCAAUCUCUCGUUUGUCAGGGGAUAUGUUUAAUAUGGCAUUGUAUCGCCAGAAGCCCGCCAAGGUACAUGCCUCGUUGCAAGCUCAUGAGAGCUACCGACAAUGGAUAAGCUCCCUAAAUGGGUCGCUUGAAGUUGUUAUACCCUCCUACUCUGAAGCUUUGUUGGCCUUUUCCGCGAUAACAGAGCCGAAGACUUUUGCCGAUUACAAGAUCAUCAAAUACACUUCCAGUGCCUUUGUUACCAGCCACCAAGUCGAGUCGAACCUUUUGGCAUCUUUGUGUUUUCAGCUCUUGUGUCUCAACCCAUCCAUAUUUUAUGUGGUAAAUCUAAGCUACUCACUGAGAGAUCUCAUAUGCGAGCGUUCUACACACACUAUUGGGCUUAUAAAUCUUCUCAGGUCGCUCACCGGGCGUGGGGCUAAAGAAAAGGUAGUUUGCGUUAUUCAGGAAACGCCUUUCCGAAAGAUUCCUGAGCACACUUUGGAGGCCAUACAGUCUCUAGCCAACGCAGAUAUGUCCAACUUCAAGGUCAUCAUUAUUCGCAACGCUGGACUAUCUUCAAGACCAAUAGUCAGACUCGUACAAGAUGAACCUGAUAUCGAAGCUGUACUAGACUGCGGGCUUGACGCGCUUAUUUCAAAACGCCCCAAACUUUCUCCAUCAAGGGGCUCAUUGCGUGAGAUUGUACUAGCUCAGCACAAGGGAAACCCGGGCUUCUUUGUUGGACCUGAUUAUAGUAUCCUGGAAGCGAUCCAAGCCUGGCUCGAACUCUUGAUCAAGAUGAGUGAGCCAUUGUCCAUAUUCACUGUGCAUCGUACAUUGGCUUUGAUGCCAAACAGUCUUCAAGAGAUAUAUGAAACCUUUCUACAACUACUCCCUGCUCACACAGAAGAAAUAACACGGACUGCUCUGUCAUGGAUAGCAUCUUCGCAGCGACCCCUCAACCUGGAGGAAGUCGGGGUGGCUUGUGCUUUGGCAGCAAACGACGUGCAAGCUAUUGAUGACCUCUACCAAGGCGUUGUUAUAGACUUGGAGGAAAUCCUACUAUCUUCCUUCGGCUCAGUCAUCUAUAUUGACCAAGAUAUGCAUCUGCACAUACCCGAUGGCCUUCGACAGCCCGUUCUGGAUUUCGAAAAAGAAAGAAACAAACACUCGGCUGGUUUCAAUAGCAAGGCUCGCAACUGCCUAGAUCUUCUUAGCUUAUACCGACAUCAUGACCCUUUAAUCUUAGCAAAGCUGACGAGCGAGCAUCCCUUUCUCGAAUAUGCUGUAACCCAUUGGGUUAGCCAUUACGAGAGUAAAAUUACCCUAGAUCAAGAAGGGGAGCGGGGAGAGACUCUAGAGUCUGAUCUAUCAUCCGAACUGUCCGAUUAUGUCAAUAACAAUGAACUGAUGCAAUUUUGGGCUACCAUGUAUGCUCUUCUCCAACAUCAGGUUUUUGACGAUCCCGUCAUAGACCCUUUGGUAAUCGCGGCCGAAUGUGGAAGCUUGCGUCUGGUUCAAUUCCUGCUUUCUGCAAAGGAGAACAAGAAACCAACAGAUGACCUACUUCUGCGCAGUUUGAACAUUGCAACAAGCCGGGGCGACUUGGACAUGGUAAAGGUCCUUAUACGCAAUGGGGCAGACCGAUCAACUGCAAUUAACUCGUUAGCUUCUUCCGGUCACUGUGGCUGGCUAAAGGACCUCGAUAUAACAAAACGGGAUAUGGAAGCUGCAGAUACUCAAGGUCUCACAGCACUUCAUUAUGCUUGCCGCAGUGGGAGCGCUACCCUUGUUGAGGGCCUUCUUAAGGAAGGGGCAGAUGUUAAUGCCCGGAGCGGGACCCAAAUGACACCAUUACACAUGGCAUGCCAAUUUGGACAUGUGGCUAUCAUCCGGUACCUGCUACAGCACGACAACCUGAAUAUCAAUUCUGUGAGCAGCUUCGGCACUCCGCUCGCAUAUGCCUGUAGGUGGCAAAAAUACGGCGCGGUAGAUGCCCUCAUACGUGAAAAGGGACAAAAGAUCGAUAUCACGAUUCCUGGCGAAGAUGACCAACGUACAGCUCUGCACCACGCCGCAGAGCAAGGCCAUUUGGAUAUACUAAAACGCCUUCUCGGCUACUUGAUCUCGGGAUCUAGCGAGACAGACCCAGACACAUAUGAACAUCAAGAAUCGCCCUCUCAGUUGCAGCCCAUGCUCAAGGCACAAGAUUGCUCAGGGUUCACGCCAUUACACUUGGCUGCAAAGAAUGGACACGUUGAAGUGACUAAGGAAAUAUGGAAGAGAGCUAAUGACAAGAAAGACCUAAUAACCACUAGAGAUAACGAUAACAACUAUCCAAUCGAUCUAGCCACUAUAGAGGGCCACACACGGGUAGUAGAGUUGCUAUUGGACGAGGCUGCAAGACCUCAGCUUGUCUCAUGUAACGGCAAAGACGGAGACAGUCCAAUUCACCUUGCCGUGAUGCAUAGCCACUACCAACUGCUAGAGGUCCUCGUCCAGAAUCACAAGCGCCAUGAAAUAUACCUCGAUGUUUUCAACGUCAAUGAUAUAUGUGCUGUUCACAUAGCCGCUCAGGAUGGCCAAAUUGCUCUUCUACGCAAGCUCAAGGAAAACGGAGCCAAAAUGGAUGUCUUGGAUAGCAACGACGCAACACCGCUCCUAUUGGCGUGCCGUCACGGUCAGAGCUACACGGCGACCUUUCUAAUAGAAAAUGGUGCUAGUGUUAAUCUCGCCGACGAAGACGGGGCAAGCCCCUUGGGAGAGGCUAUCAAAACAGGAAUGACCAACGUCGUCAAACACCUUCUCAAAGCUGGCGCAAAAGCAGACAUGUAUGCAGACACACGCCCACUCCUUUUGGCGAUAGAGAGGGGUUCCGUGGCUAUUGUAUCUUUACUCAAACCGGAAUCAUCGGAUUGGUUAGUUAAGGAUAGCCAGCAGAGGACUGCGUUACAUUUGGCGGCGAGAAGCCGUAGCGACGCCACCAUCAAGCUCGUUCUGGAACACUCGAAAGAGAUUCUUCAAGCUAAAGAUACGAAUGGGCGGACUGCACUACAUGAUGCAGUCGAAGCUGGAUCAUAUUCAAUCGUUGAUAAGCUUCUAGAUGCCGGGGUCGAUCCAUCUAUCAGGGAUAAUAACGAUAGGAUACCUCUAGAACUGACACGAACAGAGGAUAUCCUGAGACUCUUGAUGUUUGCUUGCGAGUCAGACAAUAUAGAAGACAAAGUAAAGGCUUUGCAGCACAGCCUGGAGCAUGGCUUUCUUUCCAGCGUACGCGGGCUCCUGGAACAAGACCCUGAGCUGGGGAAAAUGAACAGUGGCAUGACUGCACUUCAUAUCGCCGCCAAGGCUGGGCAAAUUGGUCUUAUCACGGACCUUAUUCACAAAUACCAUUUCUCCCCAAGCGAUAGAACUAAUUCAGGCCGAACAGCGCUAUCGUUUGCUGCUGAAAAGGGUCAUCUCGAGAUAGUCAAGGAACUCUAUUCCGAGACACCACAUGGAGUCGAUGGUGCUGACUCAGAAAAGAAUACCCCUUUUUUCUACGCUUGCAAAAAUGGCCACGUUAAUAUUGUAUCAUAUUACCUGCGGGAUGCUGUCCCUCCGGUCAUCAACGAUGAUCUCAUUCACCUGAACGGGCGAGGGGAAGGAGUACUUUGGGCCGCUGUAACUUCAAAGAGCCCAAAGACAGUGGAACUCAUACUCAACCAACUAGUUCAAUUUAAUGACCCAGCCCACAUAAAUCGGGCAGAAACAGCAGAAGAAGGCCUGACGCCUUUACACUACGCCGUGCGCGAUAACAAUUUAGAAAUUGUUGAUCUCCUCUUAGCAGCCAGAGGAAUUGAUGGGAGUUUGCAAGAUAAGCGCGGCAGGACUCCAAUAUUCUUGGCUGCUUACGAUCAACGAAAAGAAUCAGUUGACAAGCUGAUCAAAAGCGGCUGGAUGGCGAAUGUCCCUAAUAAACACUACUGGGGCUGGUAUCCUAUUCACGCAGCGUAUGACAAUAGCGACAUACUGGAGCUCCUUAUCAAGGCGCAGAGCUAUGAUAUUGACGCUGUUGAUAUGGAUGGGCAAACCGCCUUAUAUGCUGCAUCUCGCUCCCACGAAGGUUCAGUGGAAGUCUUACUCCAAGGUGGUGCUAAUCCCCUUCUGGCGGACAAAGCCUCCAGGACUCCUUUACAUGUCGCUGCGGCCUAUCUAGACUCUAAGACUGUCGACAUGAUGCUCGAUUAUGCAUUGGAGAAGGAAAAAGGAGAAGAACUAGUCGAUACCACUGCUUUUAGCGAUGAAUUUAAAUUCGACAUUCUUUCAAGCGCAGUAAAUGGCGGCAACACCCCAGUCGUAGAGCUUUUGCUCGAGAGACAACUCUUCCGCUCUUACGAUUCGGCGCUAGAAGUCGCAAUUGAGGCUGAUAGGCCAGAUGCAGCGCUGGCUUUGUUAAAAAAUGCCGGAUCUGAAUUCGGUUCGAAGUUGCUGGAAAGGGCUUUACGUUGGGCUACCCUGUCAGAAUAUGGAAAUCUUCAAUCUUGCCUCAUCAAGAUCCUCCAAGCACAGCCAUCGGACAGGUCAUGGGACGACGAGAAACUGUUCGAUGCCUCAGCUAGGAGCGACAACAUUGAACUCAUUAAAUUGCUCCGGCAGCGAGGCUCUAUAGAAAUGACCACAAGAACCGACAAACAGCACGGUUGGUCCUUGAGCCAAAUUCUCGAAGCGUAUGGGGAGAUAGACGGAGAAGAUAACGUGCAACUAGCGGUCCCCCUCCCGCCGUCCCAAUGGGAUAUAAACCAUAAAGCCGAUUGUAUCACCGCUUCUCGUUUCGGAGAAGAUGGGCCACUCUUAAUUUUGACGUUUGACUCGACUGAUAUAUGGCCAGGAGCUGUGCUAUCUGAUCACCCUAUUCCGCCUGGCAACAAAUUCUAUUUCGAGGUCUUGGUUCUGGAGUAUGGAACCCGCUGUAUUUAUAUAGGCCUCGGGCGAGGAGGCUGCGAUGUUGAGCGAAUGCCAGGCUGGGACCCUGACACUUGGGGUCUAUACAGCGGUAACGGGGGUUUGUAUCAUAAUAACGGCUUGCAUAGACACACUUCGUCUGAACGGGAAUUUGGAGCGGGAGACACUAUUGGUAUCUUAGUAGACACACUGGUAGGGAAGGUCUUUUACAGCAAGAACGGGAAGCAUUUUACUUCGCAUGCUUUCACCUUGGAGCAAACGACUCUCAAUGAAAUCCGUUCCCUCCCACCAGACAACUAUCUGAUCCACGCCACCAACUGCAUCGCAGAAUGGGGAGCCGGCAUAGCAGCCGAGCUUCCCACAUUCUUUCCCCAAGCUUGUAAAGAGUACAAGAAGAUUUCUAAAGCAGCCAAAACCGACACCUCGGAGAGGUGGCCACCUCGCUCUCUGGUAGCCUCAUCAUCCUACCACAGCCAGAAGAAGUGGCAGCAGGUGCGCCCAGCAUACACAUCGUUUGUCUUUUCACUAGGUAGCUACGGCUAUGGAAGACCAAAUACAACAACGGGAAAGCCAGGGAAGGACAGCACGGAGAUGAUCUUGCGCCAGAGGGGGAAAGCUCUGACAGAUUCAAGAGCACACCUUGGCAACGAGACCAACAACCCAGAUAGCACAGCCAUUUACUCGCCAAUGUUCAACUCGGGUGCAUUCCGAGUGCCGUGGGAGAAGACCAAGGGACUCAUCGAGGAGGAGUUUGAGGGUUGGGAAGGCCGAUGGCUGGUUAUGGCGCCGCCAUCAUAG